UGCUUUUUAACGGGGUGUGCUAUGAUGGGCAGUUGUUUCUCUGUCCUUUUAUCUCUACUAAAUCUUUUGUCCCUCUAUUCAGCCCCAGCCCCAGCUGACCUUUUCCCAUCUCACGAAUCACUGUAAUGACAUUACCUCCAGCCCAUGCCCCCAGAUCUCCGAGUCACUGGCGGAGUAGGUGCCACCGGAGGGCUAAAGUAUGCUGUCGACCUGAGUCUCCGGGGCCACACCCUCGGAGAGGCUCCAAGAGGAUGCCAGCGUCGGGCAGCCCUUCUGCCUCAGGAUGUGCUCCUGCAGCAGGAAUAGAGGAGCUGACGAGUACAAGUGUGGAGCACAUCAUUGUCAAUCCCAAUGCUGCCUAUGACAAGUUCAAAGACAAGAGAGUGGGAACAAAGGGACUUGAUUUCUCAGAUCGAAUUGGAAAAACCAAAAGAACGGGAUAUGAAUCUGGAGAAUACGAGAUGGUUUGUUGUCUUGGAGAGGGUCUGGGAGUGAAGGAGACACCCCAGCAAAAGUACCAGAGACUGCUGCAUGAGGUCCAAGAGCUGACGACUGAAGUUGAGAAAAUCAAGACGACAGUGAAGGAGUCAGCCACUGAGGAGAAGCUGACCCCCGUGGUGCUGGCCAAACAGCUGGCAGCCCUGAAGCAGCAGCUGGUUGCUUCCCAUCUGGAGAAGCUGCUGGGACCAGAUGCCGCAAUCAACCUUACUGACCCCGAUGGAGCUCUGGCUAAGCGCCUACUGCUGCAGCUGGAAGCAACAAAGAACAGCAAAGGGACUGGUUCAGGGGGAAAGACCACUAGUGGGACACCCCCAGAUAGCAGCCUUGUCACUUAUGAACUACAUUCUCGGCCUGAGCAGGACAAGUUCUCUCAAGCUGCCAAAGUGGCAGAACUCGAGAAGCGCCUGGCGGAGCUGGAAGCAGCUGUACGCUGUGAUCAGGAUGCUCAGAAUCCCCUUUCUGCAGGUCUGCAGGGAGCCUGCCUUAUGGAGACUGUAGAGCUGUUGCAAGCAAAGGUGAGCGCCCUGGACCUUGCAGUUCUGGACCAAGUGGAGGCUCGGCUACAGAGUGUCCUGGGAAAAGUGAAUGAGAUUGCCAAGCAUAAAGCUUCUGUAGAGGAUGCAGAUGCACAAAGCAAGGUGCACCAGCUGUAUGAAACCAUACAGCGCUGGAGCCCCCUCGCCUCCACCCUUCCUGAGCUGGUGCAGAGACUUGUCACCAUCAGGCAGCUGCAUGAACAAGCCGUGCAGUUUGGUCAGCUUAUGACACACUUGGAUACGACACAGCAGAUGAUCGCUUGUUCCCUCAAGGACAGCGCCACCCUCUUGACCCAGGUGCAGACAACAAUGCGUGAUAACCUGUCCACAGUUGAGCGGAACUUUGCCAACAUUGAUGAACGGAUGAAGAAACUGGGAAAGUGAGCACCUUUGGGAGAUGGAGAACAGGGGUAAUCCCUACCCCUUUGAACUCCGUUAACACCUUACACAGGGUUUCCCCUUAAUCAUAACUCUCACAUCCCAUCUGACACUGGGGGGCAAGGGGUUCUUCUUGCAUGUGGGGCUUACACCCCUCCUCUGAAGAGCAGUGGAACCUGGGGGAUAUUAGAUGGUGGUCUCCCCUCAGGCCACGGGGAUGAGGACGUGGGCCCAGCCACAUGCCAGCUCCUGUCCAAUACUGCUUUGCCUGGUGUGGGGAAGGAUUGGAUCCUGUCCUCCAGCACAGCUUCUGUGACUGAUUGUAAUACUGUACAACUGUUUCUGACCAUUAAAUGCUGUUGUACUCUG